AUGAUCCCAGCACGUAUUGCGAAUAAACACGGCAUACCAACAACCAUGUCCUACGCUUUAUACUCCAAUUCCCGACUAUCACGCUCAUAUUCCUCCAAGCCCCGCAAAACCCUCCGCUCACCAGACCGCGACAUCGCCUUCCGCAACCAAUACAUAGCGCGCUCAAAAACAACACUCGUGCUCAGACCAUUCGGCAGUCCCCAGUCCGCCUUCGCAUAUAAGAUCACCGAAGAGGAUGGAACGCCACAGUUCACGGUGACGGGUCGCAAGUACACCGAUCGCUCGUGUCGGGAGUUCCGCGAUGAUUCGGGUCUGCCGCUCUUCGAGCUACAUCGGAAAUGGUCGUGGACGAAUAGUUGGUCGGUUAGCUUGCCCGGGUGUGAUACUGCGACUAUAGCUACUGGCGCUCCGCGAUGGACGCUGGGGAACACUUCGUUUGGGAAUUUUGAUCUUUCGUUCGAGAAUGCGGCUGCUUUUCAGGGGAAGCGCGGAGAUGAGAAAAUGCUUACUUUGCAUAUUGAACGGCAUGGGAAUGCGCUGGCGCUUUUUGAUGUUGUUGAUGGGGAUAGGAAGGUUGCUGAAGUCCGGGAGAGUAUUCAUCAUAAUGAGAAAUUGGCUUUGAUGAGAGGCUCUAGGCAGGGAUAUCGACCUGCUAUGGAUGUUAUUGUAAUGCCUGGAGUGGAUAUUUCAUUGGUUUCGACUAUCGCUGUUAUUGUAUCUGACUGGGUUUUUGGUUCUAGUUGA